UUACUUAUUGAGAGCUCAGACAACUAGCAAGAUGCCAGUUUAUUGCGGAACAAAUUACGAUAGCACGAAUAAAAUAUGGUCGGGACCUAAACAAAAAGAUUUCUAUAAUUACGAAAUGACAUUGGGAGAAGCGAUUGUGGAACAGUUGCACCUAAUUCCCGAUAAAGUUGUGCAAAUUAUGGAUUCUACCGGUGAACAAGUGAAAGCUAAAGAUUUACUUAUGAAUAGUAAGAAUAUAGUCAGAAAUUUCGUCGCAAUGGGUUUAAUGCGAGGAGAUGUGAUCGGUUUAUAUGCCAGCAAUACAACGCAUUUAUCUGCAGUGAUAUUGGCAGCGUGGUUAACUGGCUUACGUACCCACGCUGCCUACGAAGGUUGCGAUAAAGAUGAAUUAAAAAUCAUUUUCGAUCUAUCGAAACCAAAAAUUAUAUUUUGCGAUUUGGAAAAUUCUUACAAAGCUCAGGCAGCCAAUCAAGAAUUGAAUUUAAAAGCAAAGAUCUAUUUAAUGCAUUCCAGUAUAGAUGCUCAAUUGCCGUCUGUGACGGGACUUAUGGAGAUUAAGGAACAUUUGCCAGACAUGGCGCUAUUUCCUUGCUUUCCCUUAAACGGUGAUGAUGCGGCUGUUAUAUUAUGUUCGUCCGGCACGACUGGACCACCAAAGGGUGUGUUAUGUUCUCAUCAGACUUUGCUAAAUUGUCACGGAUUCCAAACAUUUACCGCAAAUUCGGUAGGCUUUACUUUUAGUUCUACGUACUGGUGGUCUGGUUUAUGUGUCCUUAAGGAGACUCUCUUAAAAGGUGGUCUACGUAUAAUCACUAAUCAACCGUUUAGUCCGGAAUACUUUCUGCACUUAAUCGAACGUUAUAAAAUAACUCAUGUUAUAGCGAAUCCCAGUCAAUUGGCAGAGUUGUGUUUAAAGCAGAACAACUUAGCUAACAUAGGUCAGCGCAUGAGCUCCAUUGAUACCAUGAUGUGUUGUGGCUCCAAAGUUUUGCCAAUAAUAAGCACAAAAAUGCUGCAACUAUUGAAAUCGGACAAUGAGUAUCAACGUUUUUUAGUAACUUACGGGUUUUCUGAAAUCAGUGCAUUAUUGGCCAGUAAUUAUUUAGGUCAACUUGAUACCGAAGGUCUUCUAACUCCUAACUUACAAGUACGUAUUGUCGAUAGAAGUGAAAAUCUUUUGGGACCCAAUGAACAUGGUGAAAUACAAUGUCGCUUUCCAUAUAAAUGGUUGGGUUACUUAAAUAAUCCUACAGCUACGCAAAAGUGCUUAACAGACAACUGGUUCCGUACGGGCGAUAUUGGGUACUUCGACGGAGACGGCUGCUUACAUAUUUGCUCACGACUUGGCGAUGUUUUCAAAUCGAAUAAUAUACAAAUUUACCCAGAGAAAGUGGAAAACAUUCUCAUGCAAUUGAGAGGAGUACAGGAAUGUUGUGUUUUCGGUCAGCCUGAUGUCAUUAAAAUAAAUCUGGUUGCUUGUGCUGUGGUGAAGACAAAGGAUUCUGAAGGUGAAAAUUUGAAUGAGGCAAAAGUUUACCAAUUUGUUGAAGAAGAAUUACCGCCAGUAUAUCAUCUAAAGGGUGGCAUAUAUUUUUUAGAGCGACUUCCCAGAACUGGUUCGGGAAAACUUUUACGUCGAAAAGUUAUCGAAAUGUUACAAAAAAAAUUGUAAAAAAACACUAUAAACUGAUUCGAAAUAAUAAAUGAAGUUCUUAUGGGUACUCUAUGUCAAAA